AUGGAGUUGACAGUAGUCUCCAUACGGAGGCAUCUGAUCAUUCUGCUUCAGAUCUUGUAUUUGCCCUCUCGUGCCUCUGCAAAGGCCGUGUUUGCUCAUUUUAUGAUGGCGAACGCCGCGCAAUAUGAAGUUGACGACUUUAGGAAUGACAUCUCGCUUGCCAAAGACAGCCAUGUUGAUGCGUUUGCGCUCAACAUGGCGUAUGGAGUUUCCACGAGUGAGCAGGCAGUUGCCAAUGUCUUCAACGCGGCGGAGUCUCUAGGAUUUCAGCUGUUCUUCUCCUUCGACUACGCGGGCAAUGGAUCUUGGCCACAGUCUGAUGUGAUUGCGUUCCUGCAGAAAUAUUCAUCUAGUUCCGCCCAUUACAAAUACAACGGAAAGCCGUUCGUUUCGACUUUUGAAGGGCCCGAUCAUGCCGAUGACUGGAUCGAGAUCAAGAAAAAGACUGGAUGUUUCUUUGUGCCCGACUGGUCAUCAAUAGGCGCACAAGCCGCCCUUAGGCUGGCAGAUGGUGUUGUGGAUGGGUUGUUCUCAUGGGCAGCCUGGCCUACGGAUGGUCAGCCAAUGGACACCUACAUUGAUGCCUCGUAUCUGGAUAACUUGAACGGGAAGCCAUAUCUCAUGCCAGCAUCGCCGUGGUUUUACGCCGAUAUGCCUGGCUAUGACAAAAAUUGGGCCUACCAUGGCGAUGACCUCUGGUAUUCUAGGUGGGUGGAGGUUGCUUUCCUCGAGCCUGAGUGGGUUGAGAUUAUCUCCUGGAACGAUUAUGGAGAGUCACAUUACGUUGGGCCCUUGAAUGAGAAAGGAUACGGGGUUUUCACCACGGGAAAAGCGCCUUACAAUUACGCGCAAAAUAUGCCACACGACGGUUGGAGACUUCAACUUCCAUACGUAAUCGAUUUGUACAAAAAUGGAACAGCAUCGAUGACAGAGGAGAAUCUAGUCGUUUGGUACCGGACUCAACCUGGCAGCGCUUGCCCUGACAGCCAGGAGCAGAAUAAAGAUCGGUCUUUCAAAGACAAAAUAUUCUUCUCAGCGCUUCUACGUUCCAACGCUUCGGUCCAAGUGAGCAUUGACGGCAUCGAAGAGGAUGCGUUGUGGGAGUUCGAGCCAAAUGGUGGCAUCGGUAUCUAUCACGGCAAUUUCGACUUCGACCAUGACCAUCUAGGAACGACUAUUGUCACAAUUUCGCGCGAUGGAAAGGAGAUAGUACAUAUCGAUGGGCGGGCCAUCACUGAUAAAUGCACUGACGGUUUCGCCAAUUUCAACGCAUGGGUGGGAAGUGCGACUUCAGGAACUACCUUCCGUCCAGUUGCCCCGAAGCUUCCACUCUCGAAACAGGUCUGUGUCGAUGGAGCAGGCUCCACGAACUUUACAGAUCUUUGCAAAUUCACUUGUCGUUACGGAUACUGUCCUAUCGACACUUGUUAUUGUACUGCAAUGGGGACCCAGAAGAGACGACCAAAGCCCACGUACGAAAAGGGAAGCCCCAAAGAUGGCGAUCAAAGUUACUCAGGCUUGUGUUCUUUUGCUUGCUACUACGGAUUCUGCCCCGAGAAAAAGUGCUCUGGAAACCAGACGGCGACACAUUCGCAUCCACAUUCCGCUCCACAUGCUAGCAAUGGUUCCAAGCGGCUCGUAACCUCCAUACGCGCUGGUUUUGAUCUUGGUCUCUUUAUAUUUGCUGGAUUAUUAUUCGAUAUCUAUCUUUAA